AUGAAGCAGCAGGCCGAGGAGCCGCACAAGAAGCUGGAGAUGGCAGAACUCACUGUCCAGAUGGAAAAGGAAGGCUUUGAUCAGACGCUCGCCAAGGAGCAAGGAGCCCUGAGGGAACAACUGCAGGUUCAUAUACAGACGAUUGGCAUUUUGGUAUCUGAAAAAUCAGAAUUGCAAACCUCCCUCUCCUUCACCCAGCAAGCGGCCCGUCAGAAAGGAGCCGAGUCCGAAGACCUCGCUAUGCGCCUGCAGAGUACCAAGAAGAGAGUGGCGGAGCUGGAACGCACCUUAUCAGGCAUCUCCCUGCACCAGAAGCAGGCGGAGAAGCUCAACAAAGAACUGGAGAAGGAACGCGACAAUCUUCGCCUCGAGUCUUUGAAAAACAGCAAAAGCACUGAAGAACUAAAGCAGCAGAACUCGGAGCUGACGGAGAAGCUGAACGCUCUGCUCUCGGAGAACACGGACAUGAAGCAGCAGGCCGAGGAGCUGCACAAGAAGCUGGAGAUGGCAGAACUCACUGUCCAGAUGCUCUCGAGUCAGGUGGGAACCCCAGACCCACAACAGCAGGUCCAGAUGGUGAUGGAGGAGAGAAAUUAUCUGCAAGCACAACUAAUGCAGGUGACCGGGGCUCUUGAACAUUUGAGGGCUGAACGAGACCAUUAUGUUAACAAGCUGAAGGAAGAAGAAGCUGUCUGGCAGGAAACAACCCAGAAAUUCACAAAGGAGAUCCAGACGCUGAGCCAAGAGAAGGAAAAUGCUCUGAUUAGGAUCGAGGCGUUGGACACACGGGUGGCAGAGCUGCUUCUGGCGUCAGCCGCUGAUACGCCGGCCAUGGAACCGGCUGGUCCCGCGGAGCCUUCCGAGGAGUUUCUGGGACUCCAGCGGGAGUGCGAGAGGUUGGCGCAGGAGCUGCGGGAGCUGGAGAAUAAAUACCGGGCUCAGGUUCAGGACAACAGCCACUUGAGUCUGCUCAACCAUCAGCAGGAGGAGCGCUUGCAGGAGCUGGAGAAGGUGCUGGAGCGCCACUCUGAAGAGGACAAAGAGAAGCAGCAGAUCCUGGAAAACAUGCAGAAUGACAAAACCACCAUCAGCCGCGCGCUCACGCAGAACAAGCAGCUGAAAGAGCAAAUUGCAGAACUCCAGAUGGCGUUUGUUAAGCUGACAAACGAGAAGGCGGAACUCACAGUUCUCGUCGAUGGCUAUCAGCACGACCACGGGAAGAAGCUGGCGGAUUUGCAGGAGAGCCUGGGUCACGUCAUCGAGCAGCUGGCUGCAAAGGAGGAAGAAGUCCGUCAGCUGCAGGCGCAUCGCGAUGAGAUCUCGGCCCACUUGCAGCAGUACAUGAGGCAGGAGAUCCAGAAACAGUACAUGCUGCAGCUGCAGCUCACGGACCGACUGCAGCACGAGGAGAUGCAGCGGAAGGUCAGCGAGGAUAUGCGCCUGAAGGAACUAGAGAAAAGCAGGGAGAAUCUUGAACUGCUUACCAAAGAGAACCAGGAGCUGAGAGAACAAGCGUUCCGGAUCCGCACCGAGCCGCCGAAGCAAGAAUUACAGCGGAUGGAAGGCGAUGCGGCGGACGGUGACGAUAAAACAUCCGAGACUUCACUGGUUAUUCCGGAAGAUUUCGAGAGCAGAGAAGAAAUGGUGGCCUUUUUGAACGCGGCUAUCGCAAAGUUACAAGGUGAGCGGGACGAGACGGCGAGACAAUCGAAACUGAACAACUACUGCUAUGAUCUCCUCCUGCAGGUCUCUAACCUCCAGCAGCAGCAGAUGACGGGCGCUUCCCGAGAUGUCACCUUGGAGAAUGUGCCCAAAGAGGUGUACGACGCCUUACAGUCUGACAUGGAUAAGCUGGCGAUCCGUUUCACAGACUUGAUGCAGGAGAAAGUGGAGCUGACGGACCGAGUGGAGGAACUGGAGCAUCGCUGCGUCCAGUUGUCAGGCGAGACCGAUACCAUUGGAGAAUACAUUGCAAUUUACCAAAGUCAGAGGGCUAUCCUCAAGCAACGUCACCAAGAAAAGGAGGAUUAUGUCAGCCGACUUGCCCAAGAGAAAGAGGAAAUGAAGGCCAAGCUCUUAGAACUGGAGGUUCUGGUCACGAGGCUGGUGACAGAAAGAAACGAGUGGCACGGGAAAUACGUGGAUGCAACAAAAACUCUGAUGGAAUUCGGAGAAGUGGAGUUGCCGGCUAAUGCGGAGACACCCGGAAUAGGUGAUGCCGAUAUUCAAGGCUUUGAAAAUGUUGAUUUGGAGAAUCCAGACAAGGGGCCACCCGAGACCGGAUCUCCUUCACCUUCGUACCAAGGAGCGAACCCAGUCUCUGGCUCUGAAGACCCGACGGCCAAGCAGAUCAUGCAGCUCCUGCAUGAAAUCCAGAACUCCCAGAAACAAUCAAGUUCUCCACUGCAGAGUACAAGCAUCCCCAUCUUCUACCAGCACGACGAGAUCAAAGCAAUAGUGGUCUAA